AAUUGUUGUGCUCUAGUUAAAACUAUGUCUGCGGACAGUUCUACGUCAAGCAGGCACGCCGUUAGAUUUCAAUGAUUGCAGUGCCUGCGGCGAGUAUUCCAGAAGAAGCGUAGUAGACUGAGGAGGAAAUUGAUAGAGGCAAGCUAGUUAGCAGCUCCAUCAAGCCUGGGUACAGCCCGGCUACUCAGGGUCUGACUCUGGGUCGACUUAACAUUAUCCUGAAACCAGAGGAAACGCUCUCAGCUACAUAGAAUACGUCUCAGGUACUGAUUUGGUGUUGAACCACUAUGUUCAGAUUCUCUUGAGAUUAGAAAAUUCUAGCGGAGGUGUCAAGCCCGAACCGGUUAUUUAACAGGGCCUUUUGAACCCCAAUCUGUCUCAAAGUACUCGGCCCAGCUGGUAUCAGUCUGCCGAACAGCAACCGUCAUUCGAACACACUAACCCAUUGAUUCGAUUUCCUGUUCCUUCAGAAGCGAGCAGGUUUUGGAGUUGAUUUUUCCACAGUAAGAGUUAACCUCUGUUCACUAGAAUAUCUACCAGGGAGCGUGGAUCAGUCAAGCUGCAUUAUUGACAGCAUCAUAUUUGAAACCGUCCGAUAGAAGUAAAUUAUGAAGGCGAACAAUUUGUCCCUGCUGAUUCCUAACUUCAACCAAUAUCAUGCCUCGAAAUACAUGUAUUAGUGAAAUAAUUUCCAAUUAUAGAAUCUAACUGUAAAUCAUGUCAGAUAUAUUGUUCAGAGUAGGAGUCGCCACCGGAAGAUCCUUCCACCUCAGAGAGCAAACUUUGCGCUGUAGCGAGUACCGUGAUGCAGCAUCAACGAGGUCGCGAUACCUUGUCGAAGGCAACUGAUGGCCAGGGUGACACUAAUCCAUAAAAAUUAGAUUCUCGAAAGCACGGCUGACGUGCACACUAUCGCUGCUUCAAAAGACAUCUGCGCCGAAUAGUUCGCUACCCCAGCCAAACUCUUCGCUGUCAAAACGCGUAUUCUAGUUCCAAAGUUUGUUAGGCCACUGAUUAGCUCCCGAUUAAAGCUUGCCACUACAGAAGACUCCAGUAGCAUAAUUUUACGUACAAGCUCACUGGACUCCGAGUACUGUAGUUCUUUGAUAUCUAAGUUGACUUUCAAAAUGCCACAUGUUCAAAGACCGGGUGCGUCUCGCAGAGUGAUACGCGUCAUUUGUCUUCAUGGUUAUAAAGAUUCGGCUAAUGAGUUUUCGAAGGGCCUGGACGAAUUGAGGGCUUGGGUAGGACCGAUGGCCGAAUUUGCUGUUGUCUCCGGUCAGGAACUUCACAACAACGAAUUCUGCUGGUACCCAAACAGAUUCGAUUUAUCAUGCCCUGAUGAGGAGGUGGAUCAACAUCAGCUUGCGUGGCUGCGAAGAUCUGUUAGAUCGCUUGAGGAAUAUGUUUUGAACUAUGGGCCCUUUGAUGGUAUUCUCGGAUUUUCGCAAGGAGCUAUGUUUGCAACAAUGGUGCUACAGGUAUUGCGUUCGCAGGCAAUAGACCCAACGGCUGACACCAAAGGUUUGACCGUCUCUUCUACGCUUAACUGCUUUAAAUUCGCUAUUUUAUUCUGCCCGUGUGAGGAACGGAGUCCGUAUAAUUUACGUCUCGAAGUACCGAAAAUAGCAGUACCCACGAUGCUUUGCCUUGCAAGGUACGAUGAUAUGAUUCCCGUCGAGGUUGGAAAACAGUUCAUGCGCCUCUUCGACCAUGCCGAACUUCACGUUUACGAAGGUGCUCAUUGGCUUCCAAUGGACGUCGAAUUUGGCCCAGUCAUAAGGAAGUUCCUUCAAAAAUUCUGGGUGAUUGACGACUCUAACUAGGGUUAUAAAUGGAUAUUUUUUUUUGGACAGCCGCAGAACUGUCGCCGAUAAAUAUAACGCGGCUCAAAGCUACAGGGCUAACCGUUGUAGCAAGAUUAUGGCUAACUGUAUAAAAUCACGUAUCAAUCUGUUCUUGUAUCCCGUUUGAGCUUUCAUGAUUAGCAGUGCAUUCUGCGGCGGCAUAGCCGCUGAUUUACUUUAUGGUAACAGGUAGUUUUGCGACAGGUAAUUGCUAAUUUUUCACUUCAUCCUGCAAAA